AUGCGCAGAUCCAGAUCCAACGAUAGCCGGCAAAACAAGAAGGCCAGCAGUUGCCCAGCAAUGAAGACGAUGCUCAAUUCGAUACGAAGGUUGGCGACCCAAGCGCCCACCAAAUCGCAGCCCAUACUAAAUAUAGCCACGCCGCCAAAGUACACCUUGGCGCAAUUGCGCACUUUCCCCAGCUUGGCCCCCAAGUCGUUCAUCCCGCUCCCACAGCAGUUUUUCAACACCGAGAUCCCCACGAGACGAGAUUUGCUAUGGAGCGCCGUGGUCUACGAGGCCGAUGCCGCGAGGGUCGGCUCCAAUUUCGUCACGCUCAAGUCGGAUAAACCGUACUCGGGACGCAAAUUGCGUCCGCAAAAGGGCUCGGGCCGGGCACGUUUGGGUUCUGGAAACUCGCCGCACUUGUAUAACGAGGUCAAGGCGCACGCGAUCAAGGGUCCGCAUGACUGGAGCACCGAUUUGCCCUUUAAAGUCUACUCGAAAGCGGUGCAGACUGCGUUGACGGUGCAGUAUAAGCGGGGCAACUUGGUUGUGGUUGAGAACGAAUGCGAUUUCAAGCAGCGCAAUUUGGAAGUUAGCCAGAGUUUCGUUAGCACGCACGGGCUCACCCGGUUGAACAUGUUGUUUGUCACGGACGCGCCUAGGGAGAAGUUGCUGUUGAGCAUGAGGCAUUUCUUUGUCAACCCCGAGAAGUUGAAGCUGGUUAAGAGACGCGAUAGAGCGAAGGUUUUGAACAAGUGCAAGGGGAAAGUUGUCCUCAAGGAGGAUUUGCAGGUGAGGGAUAUUUUAAAGGCGAAUAGAGUCUUUGUUGAGUUGCCAGCUUUGCAAUGGCUUAUUUCGAUGUAUGGCAGUAAAUAG